AUGAGCGUGGUCUCCGAUGAGCGAGUGGACUUCUUAAGAGAGCAGGCCUUCACUGUUCUCCGACUCAAAACAGACAAAUGGAACCGUUUUAUUGGAUUGGAGGAGAAUCAGAGAGUUUUGCUUGACUUCCUGGACCAGAGCUGGCGAGAGUAUCUCAUUUUGUUCAUGGGUCCUGGAGGGACUCUGCAUGCAGGAGAUGAACAGAGCUCCUCCUCCUGGAGGACCAAGCUUCUGUGUGUUCUUAAGAAAAAGAAGGGUGUCAUCUCCAAAACCACCUUCAGAUCCCAGCUCUGGCUUGGAGAGAUUUCUGCACAGCCCAUGGACCAUGCUCCUGUGCUCAUCUCCCAGGCUUUUGUUUCGGUGCUUGGAAGUCCCCAGAAUCAGUCUGCCUGGCCCCGGGUGGUCGGUCAGGAUAUUUGCAGGCACCUAGAGCAUCUGUGCAGUCAAGCAGUCACACUGAGAGGGCGAGCUCAAGGACGAACGCUUCUGCCCCUGCCAAUGUGUGUGGAAAGAAAAGACCAGGGCCAGCUGAGUUCGGAUUCCUGCCUGAUUGACAGGGUGUUAUUAUACUCCAUUGAGACCAUGGUGAUUGAGUGGUGUCGACUGAUGGGCUCUGUACUGCAGCGGGACUCUUCUAAGCAACUGCAUGAGGGGGACCACCCAGGUCCCAUGACGGAGCUCAGUUUCUGGGUUAAACAGAAGGAAAACUUAUUAGGAAUACAGAAACAGCUGCAGAACCCAAAGGUUGGUCAGGUGCUGGAAAUUCUGCAAAGGAUCAACAGCAGUUACUAUGCUUCUUUCUAUGACAUCAUUCAAAAAGUCAACCAUGCAGUGAUGGAGGCAGAGGACAUAGACCUGUACUUGCGGACGUUGCGGCGGCCCAUAGCUGCUUUCGAGGAGCGGAGUUUCACUGAUCUGGAGCCUCUGAUUCCUGCUCUGUUUCACACACUCGCUCUCAUCUGGACACACUCCCACUUCUACUGCCACCCACCACGCAUCGUCACACUGCUCACAGAGUUCUGCAACGUGCUCAUCGAGAAGGCAUCUGUGUAUUUGAUUCCCGAGGAGCUCUUCAAAAUGGAAUUAGAGGAGGGAGUGGACCGGGUUCGGAAGGCGAUCCAGGUAUUUUGGGUGUUCAAGUACAGUUUCCAGCAGCACAGAGACAAGCUGACACCCACUGGACCCUAUAGCCGCCCAGGACACUCGGUCAAACCCUGGGACUUCCCCUCUGAACUUGUGUUUCACCGCAUUGACUGCAUCAUGGAGAGACUACGAAUGAUCGAGGAGAUGUUUGCCUCAGCUUUGGACUUUCUAAAGCUGGAACGGGUGGAGCUGGGCGGCACUAGAGGAAAGAUUCUCAGUGAGAUGGUUUACAGCAUGAAUGAUGAGUUCCUGGACAGCUGGAGAACUCUGAGAGAGAGCAAAUAUGACCCACUCGACUACAACAACAAAGAGUUUGAGUCUGACUACAAUCGAUUCAUAGAACAGAUCAGAGAUUUUGACCAGAGACUGGGAACAGUAAUAAACUUAGCCUUCCAACAUUCCCCAGGCUUAGAGUCUGCUUUUAAGCUCCUGCAGAUCUUCGGUACUCUUCUGGAGAGGCCAAGGGUUCACCAGCUUUUCUCUCCGAACUACAAUCAGCUGCUGGCCAUGUUCCAGGAGGAGGUCAAGCUCUGCCAACGCAUAAUGGAAACCCAGAGAGAAAAGUUGAAAAAUGGCUGCCCCAUCCUUGGUAAAAACAUGCCAACCGUUGCCGGGAACUUGAAAUGGUCUCAAGAACUCAGAGAACGAAUCCUGUCCAACCGCAGUCACUUAAGCCAACUUACACAUAUGCCAUUAGACAGUCCUGAGGCAAAGCAGGUGCUGCAGGAGUGUGAGUGUGUGUUGGCAAUUCUGGAUCAGCUUGAUGAGGAAGUCUACAGUAAUUGGAGUUCUGGACUGGACGAGCUGUGCCACACCUAUCUGAAUGAACCACUGCUGUUAUUGGAUGAACAGACCAGCCUGUACAGCAUGAACUUUAACCCUGCUUUGACGUCAGUUUUGAGGGAAGUUAAGUAUCUUCGAAUUCUGAAGAACCACAACAUUCCCAAGGCUGCUGUGAGUCUGUACUCUAAAUGGGAAACACUCCACAUGUACACCAGCACACUUUCCCAGAUCACUCAGUGGUAUAAUAAACUAUACAGCACAAUUCUGGCUGUUGAGCUGCAUUUGGUGGAGUCUGAGCUGGAGGAAGUGAGGUCUUCAUUAAGACCAGCAUUAAAGGAACUACGGUGGAGUGACGAGGACCUUGCAGACUACAUUAAGAGCACAUGUGAUCUGGUGCGUGGUGUCUCUGAACGUGUACACAAGAGCAAGGCUAACCUGGACAAACUACAGGGGCUGAUGGGAGUUUUUAGUCACUCUGCCUUCAUUACACGCAAGACUAGUCACCGUGGCAACCUUCUCAAUCUCACUGAUGAGGAGAACUUCAAACGGCAGUACGCUCUCAUUGCACGGACAGGAGAGAAGAUACAUGAGCUUGUGCAGGAGAAUGCUGUGCUGCUUGGUGCUGAUUUGGACUCAGAGGCUUGGCAGUCCUAUACAAAAUUUGUGGACAGAACCGUUCUUGCCGGGUUCUGCAGUGCCGUUCGAUGCUCUUUGCAGUACUUAAUCGAGAAUACGGACCCAGCACUCCACAUCACUCCCCUCUUCGAAGUUCAGUUGACGCUGACCUCUGACAUGACAUUUCACCCUUCACUCGACCUAUCCAAAAAGGACAACUUUUAUGACAUCAUUGAGCAGAUGGUGGCAGAUAUUUUUAAAAUGGCUUCUUUCAUGAAAAGAGUGGCCAAGAGCAAACAAUCUGAAACGUAUCAGGCAGAUGUAGAUCAGAUAUCAGAGCUGGCAGAGUUGGCUCAGCUGGUGCGUUUCCGUGCACGUGAGGCCAUCGCUAAGGUAAAAGAAUUCCAAAAUUCCUUUGAUUCCUAUCGCUACCUCUGGACUGGAGACAGGGCGGAGUUUAUGAGGCAGUUUCUGCUCUAUGGACACGCGCUCUCUGCAGAGGAGGCGGAGCUUUAUGCAGAUUAUGAGCUGCCCAAGAACCCGCCCAAACUGCAGAACUUCAGAGAGCAGAUCAGUGAGUUUGAGGAUCUUUAUGAGAAAGUGCGUGUGUUAGAGGAGAAGAGAGUUUUCAGUGGCUGGUGUCAGGUGGACAUCAAACCUUUUAAGAUAUCUCUCAUGAACACCAUCAAGAAAUGGAGCUGGAUGUUCAAGGAGCACCUGCUCAACCAUGUCAAUGCCAGUGUGCAGGAGUUGGCAUCAUUUAUUGAGAAUACAGAGUCUGGCUUGGCAAAGACUGUAACUGAUGGGGAUUACAGCAAACUGGUGGACAUCAUGGGUCAUCUGAUGGCCAUCAGAGACCGGCAGCUGACCACAGAGCAGCAUUUCAUACCCCUAAAAGCCACAGCAGACCUGCUCAAAACAUACAACCAACAGCUACCAGAGCAUGUUUACAUACAGCUGGAGUCACUGCCAGAGAAAUGGAAAAAUCUUAAGAAGGUGGCAUUCACAGUAAAACAUGAGGUUGCUCCUUUCCAGUCCAAUGAAGUCGCAGUCAUCCGCAGGAAAUGUGUUCGAUUUGAGAUUAAGCAGCAUGACUUUCGGGAACAAUUCCGCACCGAGUCCAUCUUCUAUAUCAGACUGGAGGAGCCAUACAAACUCAUAGACAAGAGUAAUCGUGUGGUGGCUCAUUUAGAAAGUGAGAUGUCUAAGCUGCAGCAAACAGCCAAUCUUUUCGAGGUCAGUUUCCCAGACUACAAACAACUGCGACAGUGUCGGUCAGACAUCAUCCUGGUAAAAGCAGUAUGGGAUAUGGUUAUGUUUGUCAAGUCCAGUAUCGCAGACUGGACAAAGACACCAUGGAAGGAGAUCAAUGUGGAACAGAUGGACAUGGAGCUCAGGAGGUUUGCUAAGGAGAUGAAGACUCUGGACAAGGAAGUACGUGUGUGGGAUGUGUACAACGGUCUGGAAUCAAUCGUUAAGAAUUUGUUGACAUCACUGAGAGCUGUUAAUGAGCUUCAAAACUCUGCUGUCAGAGAGAGACACUGGCAGCAGCUUAUGCACACAACAGGGGUGAGUUUUGUGAUGGAUGAGAACACCACGCUUGGUGAUCUGUUGGAGCUGCAGCUCCACCGUGUGGAGGAAGAGGUGAAGAACAUUGUGGACAAAGCAGUCAAAGAGAUGGGCAUUGAGAAGAUUCUUGGUGAGAUCCAGCAGACAUGGUCCAUGAUGUCUCUGUCAUAUGAGACACACACCAGUACUGGAACACCUCUGCUCAAAGCUGAUGAGAACCUCAUUGAAACCCUGGAGGACAACCAGGUUCAGCUGCAGAACAUUCUGAUGAGUAAAUAUGUGGAGUAUUUUAUGGUGGAGGUGAGUGGCUGGCAGCGGAAACUGAUGGUGGCCGAUCUAGUCAUCGGCACCUGGCUGGCGGUCCAGCGUACUUGGGCUCACCUCCAGAGCAUCUUCACCAAUUCUGAGGACAUCCGAAACCAGCUGGCCCAUGACGCAGAGCGCUUUCAAGGCAUCCACCAGGACUUCCAGGGUUUAAUGGUCACUAUUGUGAAGAUGGAUAAUGUGAUCAUAGUCACCAACCAACCAGGCUUCUUGGAGCAACUUGAGACUCUUCAGCAAAGAUUAUCGGUGUGUGAAAAAGCUCUGGCUGAGUAUUUGGAGACUAAGCGUUUGACGUUUCCAAGAUUCUACUUUGUCUCUGCUACUGACUUGCUGGAUAUUGUUUCUAAGGGAACUCAGCCCAGACAGGUGACACGGCACCUUCUAAAGCUCUUUGAUAAUCUGGCUGAUCUCAGCUUUAACAGUGAGGAAGAGGAGGAAGGAGGUGUGGAACCAAAAACAACUGUUGCCUUGGGAAUGUACAGCAGAGAGAGGGAGUACGUGCCCUUCUCGCAGCCGUGUGUGUGUGAAGGACAGGCAGAGUGUUGGCUGAAUGCUCUGGAGCAGUCCAUGCGUUCUACGGUCCGUCAGGAGAUCUCUGAAGCCGUGGCAGCUUAUGAAGACAAGCAACGAGAUCAGUGGCUGUUUGACUAUCCAGCACAGGUAGCACUGACCUGCAGUCAAAUUUGGUGGGCGACAGAUGUGGGAAUUGCCUUCGAGAAGGUGGAAGAGGGUUUCGAGACUGCCCUGAAAGACUACAACCGAAAACAGAUCAGUCAGCUGAACUCUCUGAUAAACAUGUUACUGGGUGAGCUCACCCCUGGUGACCGACAAAAAAUCAUGACCAUCUGCACUAUUGACGUCCAUGCUCGUGAUGUAGUCGCUAAACUCAUCUCUCAGAAGGUGACCAAUGGGCAGGCAUUUGCAUGGUUGUCGCAGUUACGACUCCGAUGGGAUGAGCAACAGAAGCACUGUUACAUCAACAUAUGUGACGCACAGUUUCAAUUCUCAUAUGAGUAUCUAGGCAACACUAACAGACUGGUCAUAACACCACUCACUGACCGCUGUUACAUCACUCUGACUCAGUCUCUUCACCUCACCAUGAGUGGUGCCACCUCUGGUCCUGCUGGAACCGGCAAGACUGAAACCACCAAAGACCUGGGCCGCUCGCUCGGCAUUAUGGUCUAUGUGUUCAACUGCUCCGAGCAAAUGGACUACAAGUCAAUAGGUAAUAUCUAUAAAGGUUUAGCCCAGACAGGCGUGUGGGGUUGUUUUGAUGAGUUUAACAGGAUCUCUGUGGAGGUUCUUUCUGUGGUUGCUGUGCAGGUGAAAACCAUUCAGGAUGCUGUACGCAACAAGAAACAGAGGUUUCACUUCCUAGGGGAGGAGAUUGAGUUGAGGCCAACUGUUGGGAUCUUCAUCACUCUGAACCCUGGAUAUGCAGGGAGAACUGAACUACCAGAAAACCUCAAAGCGCUCUUCAGGCCAUGUGCGAUGGUGAUUCCUGAUUAUGAGUUAAUCUGUGAGAUCAUGUUGGUGGCUGAAGGUUUUUUAGAUGCUCGUCUGCUUGCGCGCAAGUUCAUCAGCCUCUAUACACUGUGCAAAGAGCUGCUCUCCAAACAGGAUCAUUAUGACUGGGGUUUGAGAGCCAUUAAGUCAGUCUUGGUUGUGGCCGGGUCACUGAAGAGGGAGGACAGGAGCCGCCCUGAAGAGCAGGUGUUGAUGCGUGCUCUGCGAGACUUUAACCUGCCGAAGGUCGUGACGAGCGAUGUGCCGAUCUUCCUUGGCCUGAUCAGUGAUCUUUUCCCUCUUCUGGACAUUCCACGCAAGAGAGACAAUGAGCUUGAGCAGAACGUACGCCAGUCGGUCACUGAACUUCACCUGCAGCCUGAGGAGAACUUCAUACUCAAGGUGACCCAGCUGGAAGAGCUGUUGGCAGUGAGACACUCUGUUUUUGUAGUGGGUGGAGCUGGAACAGGAAAAAGUCAGAUUCUGAAAACACUGCAUAAGACCUACACCAACAUGAAACUGAAGCCCACCUGGACUGACAUCAACCCUAAAGCUGUCACCACUGAUGAGCUGUUUGGCUUCCUGCAUCCAGCCACACGGGAGUGGAAAGAUGGUCUGUUUUCUUCCACUAUGAGAGAACUCUCUGCUAUAUCUCAUGACGGACCAAAGUGGAUUGUUCUAGAUGGAGACAUCGACCCUAUGUGGAUUGAAUCUUUAAACACUGUCAUGGAUGAUAACAAGGUGCUUACACUGGCCAGUAACGAGCGGAUAUCACUGACUCCCUCCAUGCGUUUGCUGUUUGAGAUCAGCCACCUAAAAGCAGCCACCCCGGCAACUGUAUCUAGGGCAGGAAUUCUUUAUGUGAACCCUCAGGAUCUAGGCUGGAGUUCGUAUGUUACAAGCUGGAUUGACACCCGUCAGGCCCAGUCUGAGCGAGCGAAUCUCACUAUCUUGUUUGAUAAGUAUGUGCCCUACUGUCUGGAGCAGGUCAGAUGCAACCUUAAGACAAUCACACCUAUACCUGAGACGAGCAUGGUACAGACUCUGUGUUGUCUUCUGGACUGCUUGUUGACCGAUGAAAACACUCCUCCAGACUCUCCUCGUGAGCUCUAUGAGAUCUACUUUGUGUUUGCGUGUGUUUGGGCCUUUGGAGGGGCUCUAUUCCAGGACCAUCUCAUAGAUUAUCGUUUAGAGUUCAGUCGUUGGUGGUGUAAGGAGAUGCGUGCUGUGAAGUUUCCCUCUCAGGGUUCAGUGUUUGAUUACUACAUCGACCCCAACACUAAACGGUUCACACCCUGGAGUGAACGCACACCUCCCUUUGAGUUGGAACCUGAAAUCCCUUUGCAGACAGUUUUGGUGCAUUCAGCAGAGACGAUCUGUCUGACAUACUUCAUCGAGUUGCUUCUGCAGAAGGGAAAGCCGGUGAUGCUGGUGGGAAACGCUGGCGUGGGGAAAACCAUCCUGGUCUGGGACAAGAUCUCCAAACUCAAAGAGGAAUUCAUGGUGGCUAAAGUCCCGUUCAAUUAUUACACAACUUCAGCCAUGUUACAGCGUGUGCUGGAGAAGCCACUGGAGAAGAAGGCAGGACGAAACUUUGCUCCUCCUGGGAAUAAGAAGCUAAUUUACUUUGUGGAUGAUCUGAACAUGCCAGAGGUAGAUGCAUAUGGAACAGUUCAACCUCAUACCCUGAUCAGACAACACCUGGACUAUUCCCACUGGUAUGAUCGUCAAAGGUUGGUCCUUAAGGAGAUUCAUAAUUGUCAGUACAUAACCUGCAUGAAUCCAACAGCAGGAAGCUUCUCAGUCAACCCUCGUCUACAGAGGCAUUUCUCAGUGUUUGCUGUGCAUUUCCCUGGUGCAGACGCUCUGAGCACUAUAUACAGUAGUAUUCUGAGUGGUCAUUUCCAGCAGGGUGGCUAUAGUUACGGUGUGAGUCGCAUGGUUAGUACACUGGUUCAGGCUGCUAUCUGCCUUCAUCAGAAAAUGAACCAGAACUUCCUGCCCACUGCCAUUCGCUUCCACUACAUUUUCAACCUCAGAGACAUCUCCAGCAUCUUCCAGGGCAUCCUCUUUGCCCUGCCAGAGCAUGUGCGUUACCCUAUAGACCUGGUGCACCUGUGGUUGCACGAGUCCUCUCGUGUGUAUUCAGACAAACUGAUGGAGGAGAAGGACGUGGAACUGUUCAACAAGAUCCUGUUGGACACGGGCAAGAGAUACUUUGAGGUUAUAGAUGAAUCUAUCUUAAUCAACCAGCCGUUGAUCUACUCUCAUUUUGCUCAUGGUGUGGGAGAGCCACGGUACGCACAAGUGACUGAUCUGGAGAAGCUUCAGAAGACCCUGACGGACGCGCUUGAGCACUACAACGAGCUGCACCCUGACAUGAACCUGGUGCUGUUUGAGGAAGCCAUGCAACACAUCUGUAGGAUCAGUCGUAUUCUGGAGUCUCCAGUGGGGAAUGCACUACUGAUUGGUGUAGGUGGAAGUGGCAAACAGUCUCUCUGUCGACUGGCAGCUUUUCUCAGCAUGCUGGAAGUGUUUCAAAUCACACUGCGCAAGGGCUAUGGCAUCAGUGACCUGAAGAGUGAUAUAGCGGCUCUAUACAUAAAGGUGGGAGUGAAGAACAUUGGCACAGUCUUCUUGCACACAGAUGCUCAGAUUCCUGAUGAAAGAUUCCUGGUGCUUAUAAACGACAUGUUGGCAUCAGGUGAUAUUCCAGACCUGUUUAGUGAGGAGGAGGUAGAUAUGAUUGCUGCCUCUAUCCGUGUAGAGUUGAGGGCACUUGGUUUGCUGGACACACGAGAGAACUGCUGGAACUUCUUUAUUGACCGCAUACGCAGACAGCUAAAGGUGGUGCUGUGUUUCUCUCCGGUCGGCUUCACUCUUCGCACACGUGCACGGAAGUUUCCGGCACUCGUGAACUGCACGGCCAUUGACUGGUUUCAUCCUUGGCCCCAGCAUGCACUGCAGUCUGUCAGCAGCACUUUCAUACAGAACAUCUCUGGCCUGGAGCCAGAGGUGAGAGUCUCUAUCAGUGAGUUCAUCUCAUUCGCUCACACUAGUGUGAAUGAAGUGAAUGUAAAGUACCAGCAGAAUGAGAAACGCUUCAACUACACCACACCCAAGAGCUUCCUGGAGUUCAUGAAACUCUACGACAACCUACUUGGGACAAAAAGAAGAGAGCUCAGGCAGAAGAUGGAGCGCCUGGAGAACGGCCUGCAGAAAUUACUGACCACUGCAUCACAGGUGGAGGAACUAAAGGCUAAAUUGGCCAUUCAGGAAGUGGAGUUGCAGCUGAGAAACACUGAUACUGAAGCUCUCAUCACUAAAAUUGGCCAGCAGAGUGAGAAACUCAGUCAGGAGAGGAGUGUAGCAGAUGCAGAAGAACAGAGAGUUGAAGCAAUCCAGGCAGAAGUGACUAAACAGCAGCAGGACACUGAAGCAGACCUGGAAAAAGCAGAACCAGCCUUACAGGCAGCUAAUGCAGCGCUCAACACUCUCAACAGGCUGAAUCUAACAGAGCUGCGGACAUUUCCAAACCCUCCUGCCAUCGUGACUAACGUGUCUGCCGCUGUGCUGGUGCUGCUGUCUCCUAACGGCCGAAUUCCUAAAGACCGCAGCUGGAAGGCAGCUAAAGUUAUCAUGAGUAAAGUGGAUGAUUUCUUGCAGGCUCUGGUUAACUUUGAUAAAGAGCACAUCCCUGAAGCCACAGUUCGUGUGAUCAAAGACGAGUAUCUGAGUGAUCCUGAGUUUAAUCCAGAGUUUGUGCGUCUGAAAUCGUCUGCAGCGGCUGGUCUUUGUGCCUGGGUGAUCAACAUCAUCCGUUUCCAUGAGGUGUUCUGUGAGGUGGAGGUAAAGAGGAUGUGUCUGUCUCAGGCAAACGCUGAUCUGAUUGAAGCUGCAGAAAAACUCGAGAUCAUUAGAAAGAAGCUGGCUGAAUUGGAUGGUAGUUUGGACACACUGAAGGCAGCAUUUGAAAAAGCUACCUCAGAGAAACUGCGCUGUCAGGACGAGGUGAAUCGCACCAACAAAACCAUCAAGCUGGCCAACCGCCUGGUGAAGGGCUUAGAGUCAGAAAACGUGCGCUGGGCUCACUCUGUAGCUCAGUACCACGAGCAGGAAUCCACUCUGUGUGGAGAUGUUCUCCUCACUGCAGCAUUCAUCUCAUACGCUGGCUCCUUUUCAAAGAGAUACAGACAAGAGCUACUCCAUAACCUCUGGAUGCCUUACCUGCGCACACAGAAGGUGCCUAUCCCUAUGACCGAUAGUUUAGAUCCCAUUUCAAUGUUAACAGACGAUGCCACCAUUGCUAAAUGGAAUAACGAGGGCUUGCCAGGUGAUAAGAUGUCUACCCAGAAUGCCACUAUACUGACCAACUGUGAGCGCUGGCCUCUGCUCAUUGACCCCCAGCUUCAGGGCAUCAAGUGGCUCAAGAGUCGCUAUGGCAACAGCCUGAAGGUCAUUAACCUCAGCCAGAAGGGGUAUGUGGAUGUAAUAGAACAGGCUGUGGUCUCAGGGGAACCCGUAUUGAUUGAGAAUCUAGAGGAGACGAUUGAACCAGUUAUUGAUCCACUGCUGGGCAGGAAGACCAUCAAGAAGGGCAGAUGUAUUAAAGUGGGAGAUAAGGAAUGUUUUUUUAACCCAGAUUUUCGUCUGAUUCUGCACACUAAGCUGGCAAACCCUCACUAUAAACCUGAGAUCCAGGCUCAGACCACCCUCAUCAACUUUACUGUGACCCGCGACGGGCUCGAGGACCAGCUGCUUGCAGACGUGGUCAACCUCGAGAGACCGGACCUUGAAUAUCUCAAGUCAGAGCUGACUAAACAGCAGAACAUGUUUAAAAUCGAGUUGAAGCAGCUGGAAGAUGAGUUACUGACACGCCUCUCAGCGGCCGAGAGUAACUUCCUAGGAGAUAAUGUUCUUGUGGAGAAACUGGAGAGCACCAAGCACACGGCGGCAGAGAUUGAGAUGAAGGUGCUGGAAGCGAAGGUUAACGAGCUGAAGAUUAACGAGGCUCGUGAACACUACCGGCCUGUGGCUGUCAGGGCGUCUCUCCUCUACUUCAUCAUCAAUGACCUUAACAAGAUCAACCCCAUGUACCAGUUUUCCCUUAAGGCAUUUAAUGUUGUGUUUCAUAAGGCUGUGCUGAAUGCAGAUGUCUGUUCAGAUGUAAAGACUCGUGUGAACACGCUGAUAGAUUGUAUCACCUUCUCUACAUUUAAUUACAUCAACAGAGGCUUGUUUGAGAGAGACAAACUCACGUUUGCAGCACAGCUUACCUUUCAGUUGUUGUUUAUGAGUAAAGAGGUAGAUCCUCGAGAACUGGACUUCCUGUUGCGCUUCAACAUUGACCACAGUUACGUCAGCCCGCUCGACUUUCUGUCCAACUCUGCCUGGAGCGCUGUUAAAACCAUGAGCUUCACGGACGAGUUCCGCGGUCUGGACCGGGACAUCGAGGGUUCUCCCAAACGCUGGAAAAAAGUGGUGGAGUCAGAAUGCCCAGAGAAAGAGAAACUCCCUCAGGAAUGGAAAAGCAAAAGUUCACUUCAGAAACUCAUACUAAUGAGGGCUCUACGACCUGACAGGAUGACAUACGCUGUCCGGAACUUUGUGGAAGAGAAACUGGGUGUGCAGUACACUGAGGGCAGGAAGAUGGAGUUUGCACGCUCAUUUAAAGAGUGUGGUCCUGCUUCCCCCGUGUUCUUCAUCCUGUCCCCUGGAGUGGACCCUCUUAAAGAUGUUGAGUCCCUGGGUAAGAAGCUGGGCUUUACUAUAGACCUGGGGAAGCUCCACAAUGUGUCUUUGGGACAGGGUCAGGAAUCUGUGGCUGAACUGGCCAUGGAAAAGGCCUCCAGAGAGGGCCACUGGGUAAUUCUACAGAACAUUCACCUGGUGGCAAAGUGGCUGGGCAGUCUAGAGAAGCUUCUAGAACGUUGCUGUGAGAACAGUCACCAAGACUACAGAGUGUUUAUGAGUGCAGAACCUUCUCCAACCCUACAGGAACACAUAAUUCCACAGGGGAUUCUGGAAAAUUCCAUCAAAAUCACUAAUGAACCGCCCACUGGCAUGCUGGCCAACCUACAUGCUGCUCUGGACAACUUUGAUCAAGACAUUCUGGACCAGUGUUCCCGUGAGCAGGAGUUUAAGACCAUCCUUUUCUCACUUUGUUAUUUCCAUGCAUGUGUGGCCGAAAGGAGGAAGUUUGGGCCACAGGGCUGGAAUAGGAAGUACCCUUUUAACACAGGAGACCUCACCAUAUCAGUGAACGUACUCUACAACUACCUAGAAGCCAACUCACAGGUACCAUGGGAAGACCUGCGAUACCUGUUUGGUGAGAUCAUGUAUGGAGGCCAUAUUACUGAUGACUGGGACAGAAGACUGUGCAGAACUUACCUGGAAGAGUACAUGCAACCAAACCAGUUUGACAGGAAGUUGUCAUUGGCUCCAGGAUUUGUUGUGCCUUCUAAUCUGGACUACCAAGGUUACCACGCUUACAUCGAUGAGAUGCUGCCCCACGAAAGCCCAGUGCAUUACGGGCUGCAUCCAAAUGCCGAGAUUGAGUUUCUUACAGUGACGUCAGACAACCUGUUCCAUACUCUGCUAGAGAUGCAGUCCCGAGACUCCAACAUGGGCGAAGGAGCCUCACAGACCACUGAAGAGAAGGUGAAGACAAUCUUGGAUGACAUACUGGAGAAAUUACCAGAAGAGUACAACAUGUCUGACAUUUCAUCUAAAACAGCUGAACGCUCACCGUACAUCCUGGUGUGUUUCCAGGAGUGUGAGCGUAUGAACAUGCUCAUCAAUGAAAUAAGACGGUCACUCAAAGAGCUGGACCUGGGUCUGAAGGGAGAGCUGGCGAUAUCAUCAGAGAUGGAACAGAUACAGACGGCUCUGUUUUUCGAUUAUGUUCCUGAUACCUGGGCCAGACUGGCCUACCCCUCCACAUACAGCCUUGGACAGUGGUAUAAUGAUGUGUUGCUCCGCUGUAGAGAGUUAGACAGCUGGACUCAGGAUCUGUCACUGCCUAGUGUGGUCUGGAUAUCUGGAUUAUUUAACCCUCAGUCUUUUCUUACAGCUGUGAUGCAGAGUUUGGCACGCAAGAAUGAAUGGCCACUGGACAAAAUGAACCUUACGGUAGACGUGACCAAGAAGUUUAAAGAAGAGUUUAACCAGCCGGCCAGAGAGGGAGCCUACAUCUAUGGCCUAUACAUGGAGGGUGCACGCUGGGAUAUUCAGGGUGGGACGAUUGCGGAGGCGCGUCUGAAGGAAUUAACUCCCAGCAUGCCUGUUAUAGCAGUGCGAGCCAUCCCAAACGACCGACAGGAGACUCGCAAUACCUACGAGUGCCCGGUUUAUAAGACCAAACUACGUGCUAACACGUAUGUCUGGACCUUCAGUCUGAAAACUAGAGAGAGGCCAGCCAAAUGGGUUCUCGCAGGGGUCGCACUGCUGCUUAGUGUCUAAGACACAAAAAUACACUUAGAGAUGACAGUGUUUGAAUGCGAGUGUACUUGUGGGAAGGAGUGAUAAAAAAAAAAAAAAUUGUGACAGAUAGGGGAAGUAUGAGGAGGAGACAGACCACUAGUAUAAAAAAAGAAUGGACGUCAUCGUAACACUUAAAGGAAUAUUCCAGGUUCAAAACGAACUAAGCUCAAUUGACAGCAUUUGUAGCAAUGUUGAUUAAAAAAUCGGGGUUACAGUGAGACACUUACAAUGGAAGUAAAUGGGACCAAUCCAUAAACGUUAAAAUACUCACUGUUUCAAAAGUAUAGCCACAAGACAUCAACAAAAUAUAUGUUAACAUGAUUUUAGUGUGAUAAAAUUGCUCUCUAACCUUUUCUGUGUUAAGUUAUAUCCUAUUUGUAAACCCUAAAACGACCGUAAACAUGAUGAUUUCAACAACUUUCCAGCUCAAAUAAUGCACAAGUUUAAACAGAAGAAUCAAUGUGCUUUUAUAAAAUUAUAAGCUUCAAAUUUUUGCCUUUUAACCCCUUAAACCCAGAGUGGCCUAGUACCGGGACGAGAGGGGGGGCACUAAUCACGGAAAAAACAAAAAUACUGUAUUAUGGUAUUACUCAACAACCACUUUCUUGAUCUGCACAAAGUAGGUGUGAUUUUAAAGCUUAGACUCUUAUCUUUACAAUGAAUAUAGCUAAUCUGACCAAUUCCAAAAUACUGCUUUUAAAUUUUCUGUUUUAAAUCAUUUGCAGAUUUGCAAUCACAACAAUCAUAUUUGGAACCAGUAGAAAAGAUAAAAAAGAUCACACAGCCUUGUGUUAUAUGUCAUUGGAAAGGUCUUGAUUAGUAGAAUAUAAUGAGCAAAUGUAUUUCACUCAGAGACCAAACUACAGUGAGUAUUAGCGUGUGGAAUCUACAUGUAUAUAUACACCGAUCAGCUACAACAUUAAAACCACCUACCUAAUAUCGUGUAAGUCCCCCUCGUGCUGCCAAAACAGCUCUGACCUGUCGAGGCAUGGACUCCACAAGACCUCUGAAGUUGUGCUGUGGUAUCUGGCACCAAGACGUUAGCAGCAGAUCCUUUAAGUCCUGUAAGUUGCAAGGUGGGGCCUCCAUGGAUCGGACUUGUUGGUCCAGGACAUCCCAUAGAUGCUCAGUUGGAUUGAGAUCUGGGGAAAUUGGAGGCCAAGUCAACACCUUGAAUUCUUUGUCAUGUUCCUCAAACCAUUCCUGAACAAUUUUUUGCAGUGUGGCAGAGUGCAUUAUCCUGCUGAAAGAGGCCACUGCCAACAGGGAAUACCGUUGCCAUGAAGGGUUGCGCGUGGUCUGCAACAAUCUUUAGGUAGUUGGUACGUGUCAAAGUAAAAUCCACAUGAAUGCCAGGACCCAAAGUUUGCCAACAGAACAUUGCCCAGAACAUCACAUUGUACACGCCAGCCUGCCUUCUUCCCAUGGUGCAUCCUGCUGCCAUCUCUUCCCCAGGUAAACGAUGCACACUCACCCGGCCUUCCACAUGAUCUAAAAGAAAAUGUGAUUAAUCAGACCAGGCCACCUUCUUCCAUUGCUCCAUAAUCCAUUUCUGAUGCUCACGUGCCCAUUGUAGGCGCUUUUGGCGGUGGACAGGGGUCAGCAUGGGCACUCUGACCAGUCUGCGGUUACACAGCACCAUACGCAGCAAGCUGCGAUGCACUGUGUGUUCUGACACCUUUCUAUCAUGGCCAGCAUGAAGUUUUUCAGCAGUUUGUGCUACAGUAGCUCUUCUAUGGGAUCGGACCAGACGGGCUAGCCUUCGCUCCCCACGCGCAUCAUUGAGCCUUGGGCACCCAUGACCCUGUCGCCGGUUCACCGGUUGUCCUUCUUUGGGCCACUUUUGGUAGAUACUAACCACUGCAUACCAGGAACAUCCCACAAGACCUGCCGUUUCAGAGAUUCUCUGACCCAGUCAUCUAGCCAUCACAAUUUGGCCAUUGUCAAAGUCGCUUAGAUCCAUACGCUUGCCCAUUUUUCCUGCUUUCAACACAUGAAAUUCAAGACCUGACUGUUCACUUGCUGCCUAAUAUAUCCCACCCCUUAAAAGGUGCUAUUGUAAUGAGAUAAUAAAUGUUUUUCACUUCACCUGUCAGUGGUUUUAAUGUUGUGGCUGAUCGGUGUAUACAGUAUAUUAAAAAGAUAAACAGCAUUUCCGUCACAUUUUGGUUUAUUACUUCAUGAAAAAUAAACAUGAUGUAAAAUGUCAUAUCACAACUUGCAGCAGGCGAUCCUGAAUCAAACAAGCCCAUACUCGACAAAAUACGAUGUGUAAAUCCUGAAAUAUUACUCAAAGAGUGUCAUCAUGACACCUAUGGUGGCUUUUGCUAAUGGUGUCCCUAUAGUGAUGGUUUCUCUGGGAUCAAUUCACUGAAACACGAUCCUUCACGACACGUCAUAGAUAUGUCAGAUCAUUCACAUUAGAUCUAUAGAGAAAUUUUCCUGGUAUAGUUGACAUGUUGGAGAACAACACCAAAGUUAAUUUGAUGACCAUACUUACUGUCUAAAAGGUAUUAUGUCAAACAUGAAUAAUAACUGAAAAGUUUAUUUAUUGCGCUUAUUUUUUGUGUUUUGUCAGCAGUGUUGAGUCUCUAAGCUUAAUCUUAAUAUAUUUUCUUCAAAUUUUGAAAGGUUUUCUAUACAUUUUUACCAUGCAUUUGACCCUCUUUGCUAUAUUUUUAGUUAUAAGCUCUCUUUUGGGUAUGCCAUUUAAGCAUAAAUUCCUUACAAAUACUUUCAGGGUGUAAGGGGUUAAACCCUUCACAAAUUGGCUCUAUUCACUUCUACUGUAAGUGCCUCACUGUAACCCAGAUUUUUUCUUUUUCUUUAAAAAAAAGAAAAAAAGAAAAGAAAACAAAAACUGUAUUUUUUUGUGAUAAUUGUAAUGCCACAAAUGCUGUUAUUGUAUUAAACCUUGAAUAUUCCUUUAAGUGUCCAAAUACUGUUUGGGCCACUCUAUGUUUGGCUUGCUGAAAGGAAAUCACAUCAUUCAAUUAAGAGCCAAUUUCCUUAUCGGCGAAGUCAUCACUUUGUCUUUUUGCUCUAUAAUGAGCAUGUGCAUUAGCGCAAGUGAAAAAAAUGUGGCUGAAUUCAGGUAAAGACUCAAAAUGUGUGACCCAUUGUCAGAUUUGACAUUUAAUUGAAACUUGAUUGGCACACAGAUUUCAGUCUUUCCCUACUGAAGUUAAUUUAAGGUUACUUACAUGACUAGAAAAUAGUUACCUAGGAGCAAUACCAAGAGUAAACCAACCUGCUUCCGAAGGGCUAUGCUGAUGGUGGUGAGGAGAAAAAGUGUCUUCUUAUUUAUCAAGAAUGUUUCAUGUGUUUUUUUUUUCCAGAUAUAAGCUGUCUUGUGUGUACAUAACCUUAAGUGUGCAGUUUCUUUAUUGAAAAUACAUAAAUAAUCUUGUGCAGCAGUGUUAAUGAAGCUUUCUGUCCUUUAUUAAUUUACACAGUUGUGUGUUGUAUUUAACUCUUAAAAUAUUCACAAUAUACAGCAUAAAUAAAAUACAUACCAAUAUACCCAAGAAAGAAAACAUUCUAACCUGCUGUUAUGGGUUGCAUUAUAUAAAAUACAGUGUCAAACAUUUAAAAAAUAAAAUGCAUAAAAACAAUUCUGUGAACAGCACUAGUUUAAAAAGAUGUUUCAAAGUGUUUGUGCAAAAGAUCGCAAUAGAAUCGUAUCCCUCUCUUGCUCUCUUCCCGCACUGGCACAUGUCCUGGCCACGUCCCAGAAGCACCCCUAAGGCAAACCCGCUUCGGCCAACUUAAUGAAACGCGAGACAUGAUUUGGACCAUCUCAUAGGAAACUGUUCAAUCAAAGCAUGCUGUGAUCACAGCCAUGCAACACUACUGUGUGAAGAGAGGAGAAUUAAGAGCCUCUGUCAAAUACAUUGAUAUGUCGUAAUGCUCCGCAUCCAGGUUCUAGCCUUUUUCAAGCUCUUAAAUCUGGUGGACCUAAGAGAAUAAAUUAGUAAAAUAAGACAUGCUUACAUUUUUCUGCUCUUUUUUAAUUUUUUUUCUUUUAUCUGAUACUAGGAAGACAGUGUGUUUCAAUGCAUCUCAUUAAAUGUGGAUUAAAUGAUUAAUACUAGUAACUAACUUUGGUUAAAACAUGCAGCCCUCCUACACAUGAACGCCACGUCAUGUUAUACUGCAAGACUAAAAGUGUGCAUUUUUAUGGAUUGUGUUUAAAUCUGUCUUUUGGAAGGCCAGGGAUGACGGCUGCUACAAUAGCUAAAGGUUAGGGUUUUUGCCUUCACCUGCAUCUCUCGCAUCACAUUAUUCAGCUAAAUUUAUACAGCUCAAAAAUAAUUAACACUGCUACAGCUUCAGAGUUUAAGAACCAGUAUAUCACACAGGUGGUUUAGUCCUAAAAUGACAUUGCAUCACAUAAAGAAAUGAGACAAAGCAUCUAAAACACAAAGUGUAAAAGGCAUUUCUGAGGGUUUGAUCAUAUGAGCAAUUCAUUUUGACCAAAGUCUUUUCAAAGUCAAUACUGAGGCAUAAUGCAAUACUGACAAUGUUAAAAUGCUUAGUUGGCUCUGAAGGGACAAUGUGUUGUUGUUGAAUGUAACUAACCUGUGAACGUCUGAUAUGGGUAGAAUAAUGUGAUAUUCUGAGAUGAUGACAUGUAUUCAUGAUGAGGCUUUGCUUGGCAGAGUUCAAGUAAAGAUUCUCCCUGAAUACCAGGAAAUUCAUUAUUAAGUAAAUAAAUACAUUACAUAUAUAAAUCUCAAAUAUGUGAUAUAGGGACAAAAAAAAUAAACAAUAAAAUAAACGAGCUCAUUGCACUUGAUUACCAAAGCUAAUGUCUUUUAAGAAACAUGCAAAAUAAAUAAAUAAAUAAACACUGCAUUUUUCCCCCAGCAUGCAUCUUUCUUUCAUUACCAUGGUUGCAUGUCCAGUGAGUUGCUCACUGGGCAUCAUUCCAAAUAUAUAUUUACAAAAUGAACAACUUUUAAACAGAUUCCUAAAAAGUUCAUGCUAAUGCAUCUGUUUACCUGCUUUUGUUUACCUGCUUUUGUUUACCUGCUUUUGUUUCACUACUACAUUUGAUAGGUAAGUAUAUGGGACAUGGAAGUUCAUUUUAAGUUCUUUGCAUACGACUCUUUCGUUUUGUGUUCUCUACCCUGAGUCUAGCUUUAGCUGCUGUUAUUUUGAAGGGAGGGGGUUGAGCUUCAUGUCGAUAUUAUUUUUACUAUGCAUAGUUACAUUUUAGAAGCUUACAGGAGUAUGACCCCUUCUCAAUGAGGCAUUCUUAUAUAAACUGCAGAUUAUUAUAAUUUAAAGGAAUAGUUCACCCAAAAAUUAUUUCAUCAUUUACUCACCCUCAUGCCAUUCCAGAUGUGUAUGUCUUUCUUCUGCU